AUGCAUAUUAUAACUAAGUUACCAGGACUCAAUUGUAUCUUCAAAAAAGUAUACAAAUACUAUAGCACAAACAUUAAACACAGAUUUCCCUUAAGCUUGGAAGUUUUAAAGAAGUUCCGCACUGAUUAUUAUUCUGAUCCUAAAAAUGAACUGGCACAAAAUGCAUGUUCAAGAUUUGACCCCUUUGAGGUGGCCAUUAGCAGAAAUAGAGCAGACACAAGCCUUCAUGUUUACAAUAUUAAGAUCGAGUCAGAAGCUAAACCGGUGACUAAUCAAGAAAACUCUGGAAGAUGUUGGCUGUUCGCAGCUUUGAACGCAAUGCGGCUGCCCUUCAUGAAGAAGUAUUGUAUCGAAGAGUUUGAAUUUUCACAAAGCUACCUGUUUUUCUGGGACAAAAUCGAGCGCUCACACUACUGGUUGAAUAAUAUAGUAGCCACGGCCAAACAAGGAGAAAAACUGGAGUCGAGACUAGUUAACUUCUUGCUAAAGGAUCCAAUCAACGAUGGCGGCCAAUGGGACAUGAUAGUGAACCUGGUAAACAAAUAUGGAGUGAUGCCCAAAAAAUGCUACCCUGAGUCGUUCAGCUCCAGGCGCAGCUUACACAUGAACGCGCUCAUUAAAACAAAGCUUCGCGAAUAUGCUAAGGAGUUGAGAGACAAGGUGGCUGCAAACGCAUCCGACCAAGAAAUACAGGCGACUAUCAACAAACAAAUAGCUGUUAUCUACAAUAUCGUCGCCACUUGCUUAGGAACCCCACCAGAAAAGUUUACCUUCGAAUAUUACAACAAGGAUAAAUGCUACAAUACAUUUGGAUCCCUGACUCCCCAGGAAUUCUACAACAACCACGUUCGACCAAUCUUCGAUGUUGACAGCAAGGUUUGUCUGGUAUCGGACCCCCGAACAUCAAACCCGUUUGGUCAGCUCUAUACCUUGCACUAUCUUGGUAACGUUGUUGGCGGCCGGCAGACUGCUUAUAACAACCAGCCCAUUGAAACGCUUAUGAAUGUGGUUAAAGCAAGUAUUCAGGGUGGCGAAGCGGUUUGGUUUGGCUGUGAAGUAUCCAAACGAUUUGAGAGAAAAAAUGGACUAGAAGACUUGGACGCCCAUGACUUCCGGCUGGUGUUUAAUACGGAGGUACAGAUCGGGCUGCAGAAGGCGGACAGGCUCAUGUACGGCGACUCCUGCAUGACGCAUGCGAUGCUCUUCACGGCGGUCGGCACUGACGAGAAAGGUUUUCCACGCAAGUUCAGAGUAGAAAACUCGUACAGCGAUAAAGAGUACGACAAAGGCUAUCUGCUACUCACCGAACCCUGGUUCAGGGAAUUCGUCUUCGAAGUUGUAGUGGAUAAAAAAUACGUCCCAGCAGAAGUAUUAGAAGUAUUCAAACAAGAGCCCAAAGUGCUGCCAGCGUGGGAUCCCAUGGGCACACUCGCCUGCCCAAUUUGUUCUACGGAAUAA